CAUUAUAAAAGUGUAAAAGCAUAUUACUACAGUCCACAGAGGUCCCACGAUCAUUUCCGCAGCAAUAUUACAGACGUGCUAAAUAUCACUGUAACACGUUGCUUUAAUCAAAAAUGUUAAUUAAACUGUACGCUCGUUAGAAAAUAAGGUUGAUAGGCUCCUGUUUUCCAACCGGAAGAAAUUUACAGUUGCAAAGUGAGCAGCACGUCGGUGACGGCAUUGUUUAUGUGUUUACAACACAUGUUUGAACUGUAGCUUUGGUUGUUCAUAUGCUAACACAAGAUGUCUCAGAAAGAUCCUUGUCAAAAACAGGCUUGUGCCAUACAGAAAUGUUUACAAGCCAACAAAUACAUUGAAAGUCGUUGUGAGGAUGUGAUUCGAGCCAUGAGGAAGUGCUGUGAAGUCCACACAGGAGGAAACUCCAUCUGCUGCUCUGGAUUUGCCAAGGAACAUGAAUCCAAAGACACAAAGACAUGAAUUCAACUGUACGUGUGUGUAUUUGCUGCAAGAGACCAGAGGACACUUUCAAGGACAUGUGAAAUAAAAUACAUAUUUAUGAAAGACUAUGUAAUGUGUGGAGUCAUCUAAUACAAUCAUUAAAUCAGCGUCCAUCAGA